AUGUCCCAUCUGGCAACUGAGGAGAUCCCUUGCGUUCGCUACAUUUGCGAGUUCCUCUCGGGUGGGGACAUCGACGGUUUUCCGAGUUUCGGCUCGCUUCAGCGGCUCUCGCAUCUCACGUCGAGUCAGACCGGGUCCGCGGCUUGGGGGCAGCCCGUCCCGCUGCGGGCGGCCGUCGGUUCCUUCUUCUCCUUCCGCGUAUCCGCUCGAGUGCGCGCUUCUCAAUAUUUGGCUGAAGUUUCAGAUUUUCCACGCCAGCGACGCGUGAUAAGCCAACGACCAGCAAGCGGAGGUGUCUGGGGCUGCGGUGGAGGGGCGCCGCCAGCCCCCGAAAUUCGGGUCCUGCGCGCGGAACUCCGUGCAGUCUUGCUCUCUCUGUCGGCGAAUCCGCUAGGCGCCAUGGCGAAUCCGCUAGGCGCCAUGGCGACUCGCUUGCCCGAGGCGAGCUCCGCUUUGCGGGCGCCGCGUUUCAGAGAGCCCUUCGUCCCCUGUCUGCGUCUGCGUUCUCUGUUUCUGCUGCUCUGCUGCGUGGUAGCCGCGCACCUGUGUGCGCCCCGCGAGGAGGCGUGCGUCGCGGCUGCGCGGCCGCGCCUCUCCGCGCCGGCGGAAGACGAGAGCGACUCUGCUUCUAGCUGGUCGUCGUCGUAUGGUUCUGCGUCCGAGGAGGAAAGCGACCCGUCCAGCAACGACUUUCCGCUGGCACACGCCCAGCUGCGCCCGACGCCGACGCUGCUGCUGCGCACGCCGCAGCCCGCUCCUCAGAACGACUUCCUCUCGCGGCUGUGGGACGCGACGGCCUCGAGAGGGCAGAGCUACCUCGACGCCGUCAAAGAAAGCUUCUCCAGCCCGCCCGAGUCCUACUCAGACGCCGCCUCGCAAUUUAUCUCCGCGUCAGGGAACUUCCUGCAGGGUGCCUUCGACGAGGCGCGCGACCAGCUCGCGACGACAUGGAGAAAGUCGCAGCUCGCAUGGGAUGACUUCGCCUCGUCCGCAUCUGAGUUCGGCGAGCGUGCCUGGCGCACGCUGCAGAAACCAGAAGACGUUGAAGAGCUCAUCGUGCCGGAGUCCUACACGCCGCUGACCGACGCGGGCGGCGCGGGGACGCGCAGGGACUUGCCCCCGGCGCUGCCGCGCGCGGCGCUGGCGCCCUUCGCGAAUGUCCUGCCGUCGGUGCUCUCGGCUGCGCUCCAGUCAGUUGCGGCGAGCAAGCUGGCGGCGGAGGUGAGCGAGCUCCUUGGCACUGAGGAGACCGCGCAGAAUUGGGCCGUCGCGUCCAAGAUGCUGCGGGAGACUGGCAAACUGGAUCCCUCCCACCCCGCAGUCGUGGACCUCGUCCAGAAAGUCGUCGUCGCGGUCGCCGUCAUGGGCGCAGCCCUCGACGGCCUCGCAGCGCGCUCGGGGUUCAUCGGAGACGCUGUGCGGGCCUCGGGAGUCUCGCUCGUGGUACGCCUCCUGAAGAACGCCCUGCAGCGCUCCCCACACGUCGGCAGCAGCGGCGCGGACGACCAAGACGCAGAGAAGGCCUCCGAGAGGGCGCGCGGCAGCGAGGACAGGGGAGCCGACGACGAAGAGAUACGCGCCAGGGUCGUCUCGGAAGCCAUCCACUCCAUCAAAAGCAUGCCCGGGACGGGCCUCGAGGCAAUCGAACGCAAGUACCAGAGCAUCCUGACCCGCGCGGGAGUCCUGCCAGGGCAGCUGAAGGCCGGGCUCCGGCGCGUCCUGGGGAACGGAGCCGUCGCCGAAGAACCUGAUUCGUACGCGUCGGUCUACGCCCCGCGAGAGACGCCAUCCGCGCCAGCCCGCCUGCAGACACCAUUCGAGGACUCCGACGACGAGUGA